AUGUCUUUGGCAGGAAAGAGACCAGAUUCUCACUCCAGUAGGAAGAGAUUCUCCGAUAGCGGGAAGAGUCCUUCAGGGAAACCAGAACCAGAGACUCCCAAACCAGCAAGACGACACCAGUGUUCCCAUUGUGGAAAGAGUUUUAUGAAGUUACGGAACCUUAAAGAGCAUGAGAGGACACACACGGGAGAAAAGCCUUUCCAAUGUUCUCAGUGUGGAAAGAGUUUUACCGUGUUAGUUAACAUGAAAAGGCAUGAGAGAAUACACACGGGAGAAAAGCCUUACCAAUGUUCCCAAUGUGGAAAGAGUUUUACCUUGUUAGUUAACAUGAAAAGGCAUGAGAGAAUACACACGGGAGAAAAACCUUACCAAUGUUCUCAGUGUGGCAAGAGUUUCACCCAGUUAGGGAGCCUGAAAAUACAUAACAGAAUACACUCUGGAAAGAAGUCUUACCACUGCUCCCAAUGUGGGAAGAGUUUUAACCUGUUAAAGCACCUGAAAUCACAUAAAAGAACACAUUCAGGAGAGAAGCCUUUCCACUGUUCUCAAUGUGGAAAGACAUUUUCUCAGUCAGAGGACCUGAAAUCACAUGAGAGAAUAGAGAGGCUGUGUUCUGACUUGUGUUUUUGACUGGGAAUUUGUGUUUUUGUUUAUGCAACUUGGAAGUCAUAUUGUUUUUAUGAAACCUUACUCACAUCAAUCAUUUUUUUUACAUGAAACCUUACUCAAAAAUAUAAAUCAAAUUGUUGAUAUGAAACCUUACUAACAUACACCUUAGCCAAAUAUAUUUAAACUCAGUUUUUCACAAUUCCUGACAUUAAAUCCUUGUAAAAAAUGCCCUGUCUUAUGUCAGUUAGGAUCACCACUUUUUAUUAAGAAUGUGAAAUGUCAGAAUAAUAGUAGAGAGAAUAAUUUAUUUCAGCUUUCAUUUCUAUCAUCACAUUCCCAGUGGGUCAGAAGUUCACAUCCACUCAAUUAGUAUUUGGUAGCAUUGCCUUUAAAUUGUUUAAUUUGGGUCAAACAUUUCGGGUAGCCUUCCACAAGCUUCUCACAAUAAGUUGGGUGAAUUUUGGCCCAUUCCUCCUAACAGAGAUGGUGUAACUGGGUCAGGUUUGUAGGCCUCCUUGCUCACACACGCUUUUUCAGUUCUGCCCACACAUUUUCUAUAGGAUUGAGGUCAGGGCUUUGUGAUGGCCACUCCAAUACCUUGACUUUGUUGUCCAGUUAAGUCAUUUUGCCACAACUUUGGAAGUAUGCUUGGGACCAUUGUCCAUUUGGAAGACCAGUUUGCAACCAAGCUUUAACUUCCUGACUGAUGUCAUGAGAUGCUGUUUCAAUAUAUCCAUAUAAUUUUCCUUCCUCCUGAUGCCAUUUAUUUAGUGAAGUGCAACAGUCCCUCCUGCAGCAAAGUACCCACACAACAUGAUGC